CCGAUUUUUUUGUCGUCUUCAUAUUCAUCACAGCACUGUGUAUACCUAUGCCACCAUAGCUUGAACACCGCCGCGAAACAUACCUUCCUUCUAAGUUUUGUUUAUGUUGCAUGCAACACCUUUUAGCAGUUCAAACUCUCCAUAUUGCUGAAAAGGGUAUCUCAAUUUAUGAGUAUAUUUCUCAGAAGUACUUGACUUUUUUUUUCCAGUUCUUUCUACCUAUCUUUAACCAAAGCAAUGAAAAGAAAUAGAAACAAACUUUGAAAGCGCUCUCAAUUUGCUGACCUACGGUACUCUUUCCUGCAGUUUGGAUUGUUCUGUUUGUCUGCACCUUUUGCCUAACGCGUAUUGCACAAUUCUUUCGAGCCCAUGUUGCGUUUUGAUGUUGUUCUAGUUUUAUUAUUUGUGGUUUUUAAAUUAACUCAAUUAAAUAUAUGCCCCCAACUUAACUUAAGCACAAAUCAUUUCUUAGUAGCAAAAGUGAUGUGCUCAAGCCGGGAAUCUGAGAAGUUGUUUUAUAUCUCUUCAACGUGUUGAACCGACGAACUUCGGAAGAUAUUGAAAUGUAUUUGAAGAACGCGAAGAGGUUUUGUUGUAUCGAAAUUAUCAAAGCUGUAUAAUAUUCAAGGAUUUUGAAACAGAUUUGUAAAAUGUGAAGAUGUUUUUAGUUGGCACAGAAACUGUUUUCCAUCGGCUAGCAACUAACGGGAAAUUUUUUUGCUUCCCUCGAGAGAUCUACUCUGUUUCAUCCGGUGUCUUGGUUACAUUUCGGUCAAUUUUGAUCUAAAAAAAGCACUCUUAAUCUUUUGGAAUUUUGACCACAGUAGAUUGUGGUAAUCCACACCAUUGCUUUGUCACUCUCAAGUCUCGAUUUAAUCCGUCUUGAAGAGAAGGGUCCUUUUAAAAACUUAUGAUCUUCCUUCCUAUCUUCGUUCCAGUUUAUUCCGGUUUGUGUGGGUUUGAUCACGUCUUCUCGCGUGCGAACGAAUUUACAGUGACAGAAAAAAGAUUCAAUCGCCAAGCUGAUGAUUAAACGUAUCAUUGACGUGAGGUUCACAUGAAUGUCGCGUUUAAAAAUAUGAAUUUUAAUAUUGGCAAAUUUUGGUGAGUGUUAACGAUCCAAACAGCUUUUGAUUAUUUUUUUCUUGUUAAUAUUAGGAACCCAAAUUAAGUGUUGAUAAUUUAGUGCUGGGGUUCCGUAAAUUGAAAAACAAAAAACGUUCGGGCAAAACGGUAAAGGAAAGAACCUUACCACAGAGUUUGACACGAACUAUCUUAAAUUUGAAAGAAUCUUGUUCCUAUCUUUGUCCAUACUUCAUGCCUUCGUUCACUUUGAUAUUGAGUUUUUGCAUGGCAAAAUUCCAUACUUCCCAGGGGCCCUCUUUCGAAUUCCUAACAAUCUCGGUGAUAUUUUAUGUCUUUUUCUAUCAUUUCGUUUUGGCUCCAUUGCAAUAUGUUUUAUGUUUUUAAACAAAAUAUUAGACUUGGGUUAGCAACACGUUCCUUUGUGGUGGUGAGUCACUAUUUUAUUCGCUCACCCUCUUCCGGCGUUUCUUUACAUAGAGCUGAGCGGAAAUGCUUCAGAUCCUUCAAAAGAUAACCCAACUUUUGUACUCAGGGCUUCCUAGAGAGAUUUUAGCAAAGAAAUUUGAAAACGAUACUCUGAAUAGCACUUUUACAGACUAAGUAUCCUAGAUGUGAUCCUUGCUGCGAUUAAUAUCAUUAACGAGCGAGUUACCAUUGGUUCGUCGAAAGGCUUAAAGUGCAGAUUUUAUAGAAAGUUGUUGACAUUUCUCUGAUCAGACAAAGGGAAUUUUUCGUGCAAUGCAACUCGAUACACCUGAGCAACGUGAGUUGUUUUACACGCAAAGCUAAUAGGACAGUAAUGCUCUAGACAAUCCCGAUGGGUUCUUCUGCUGCAUGGCCGGCCUUAAAGCAAAAAGAACAGACUGAAUUUGGGAUGCUGAGUAUUGUGUUGAUAGUAGCGAUCUGUAGCUCAGCAGUGUCAACUCAAGGUACAGUUGGUUUACCAUCUCGUCGUAAAACGGUGGUUGAAAAAUAUCCAGCGGUCCUCGACUGUCUCACUGAUACAAACCUACCGAGUGAAAACGUAAUUUACAGUUGGACUAAAGAUGGCGCGGAUGCUGCAUCAGACACUCGGGCCACAGUCAUUGCUUCCGGUGCCUUGUUUAUUAAAUCAACCCGCAGAACUGACUCCGGUGUGUACCAGUGCACUGCAAAGACAUUUGACUCCAGUGGCCUGGUUACCUACCCUGGGGCAAAAAUACUGUUGGAUGUUCAAUAUGCUCCUACGAUUGUGGAGACGCAGGACACCGUGGCAAUACCCGAGGGCUCUGAUGCCCGGUUGCCAUGUAUCUCCGUCGGAAACCCGAGUACUUCUUUUACAAACUGGACGCGACACAGUGAAGACGUUCGAGCACGUCCAAGGUUUGCUGUGUUGGAAAAGGGUUCGUUACUUAUACAGGAUGUUCGACGCACAGACGCGGGGGAAUAUGCUUGUACUCCUUAUAACAAAGUGGGGCCAGGAGAAACAAAAAUAACAAGACUUGUCCUAAAAGUUGUUCCAAAGUUCAUCGUUGCACCCCCAAGUAUCAUGACUCUCAGAGUGGAUGAUGACGUCACACUGGUCUGUGAAGCUACUUCAGAUUCUACUCCCACGUUGAAAUGGGAACGCGAAGGAGAACCUUUCCCAGAAGGCCGUUCGGUCAGGCAGGGUGGCAAGUUAGAGAUAAAAGGCAUCCAGAAAGAUGAUUAUGGAGUAUACACGUGUGUUGCUACAUCAGCUGAUGGACAAGCCACGCAUUCUACAACUAUAGCGGUCAUUUCCACUCCCAGCAAACCAACGAUAAUAAGUGUUCAUUUCAACGACGCGACGGCAGUGGUGAGAUGGCGGCCUGGGUACGAUGGAGGGUAUCCCCAACAGCUGGAAGUGUGGUACCGACUUACCACUGAUAAUGACUAUGAAUGGCUCAAGUCACCUCAUUUGCCAGCUAGCGAGACGUCAUAUCAGAUUCCAGACCUCCAACCGGAGGACCUUUAUUUAUUUAGCAUCAGAGGAAUCAACCGAGAAGGAGCUGGGCACUUCAGUGACAUUGUAGAGGUGAAAGGCCUUCCUCCAGACAUAAACCGAUCGCCCGAUAAACCAGGGAAACCUUUAGCUCCUCAGAAUGUUGUAGUUAACAUCACUAAGGAUGGCUAUUGGGUCACGUGGUCUCACUCAGCUGUGCCUGGUCGGCCGAUUGUGGAGAAGUUUGUUGUGGAGUUCAGUGAAGGAAAUGGAUCAUCCCCUUGGCGCAUGGCGGACGCUGCUGUCCCAGCGGAUCGUAAGAAGUACCUCUUUAGCGCUGACAAAGUAGAAGCUGAAAAGACGUACGAGUUUCGGGUUUUUGCAUUUGGUGCGAAUGAGUUUAGUGAGGCAGCUUAUGUGUCCAAGACAUAUAAACUCGGUUCUCCAGUCAUCGACCAGCCUUCCAGUGACGAUGACGUUGUUCCUAUCAUAGCUGGUGUCCUUGGAGCCAUUGUUGGUCUUUUCCUUCUCGGCUUAGUUUGCUUCUGCUUCAUUCACAAGAAGAAAUCCAGAAAACACCAUAUCAACAAAUCCGGGGACAAGAAAGUUCAAUUCAUUCUUCCAAACAGCACAAGUGAAGCUUUUGAACGCGAAGAUUCCGAGGACGACUUCCUCGACGCUGAAAUUAAGUUGCGUCCCGAAGCUGUCCGAUUUAUUCCCGAUGAUAACGACGGAAGGGACGACGAUAAAUACGCAAGGAUGAAACGAGAAGAAGACCUGAUCUUAUCGGGUCACGACGGUCGGUACAGCGUAGACAUGUUACGCUAUGCCAAACUGGUGAUGAGCGCAUCACCGCCUCAAUCCCCGACAGCUUCUGAGGAAUCCGAGAAAGUUCAUUACUUUGGUGACUUGGAGACCGAGGGCGGCCAGUCUGGCUGGUAUGAUUGUACUUUAGCAAAGCCUGCAUCCCGCGAGGUACGGGAUUCGUACGAUCAAUUCUGUAGGCAGCCCGACAUAGGAUCACGGGAUUCUAUUCAAAUGUCUCAUUCCGGAUUUGGACGUAAGGGUUCAAUUGAACAGUUCGGAUCCAAGGCUAAUUCAGGGCAGAAGUUUGGUUCUAACAACAGUUUACCAGAGAAGAAGUUAGAAGUUAGCGUGCUCCGUAACCAACGCUUUCAACCGAUACAAGAGGAAAUCCCGCGCGAUGGGGAUAUCCCUCGAGGUGGCACAUCACUUGGGCGAACGCAGCCUCAUCAUUGGUCGACUCCAGCAGUUUUCACCAGAAGACAAGAUUCUAGUAACAACAGCGAUGGGAAGGGUUCGGAUUCAGACUCGGGGGAUUCCAUGGUACGAGGACGAAAAGGCAGGAGACACAGACCUCAUUCUUUAUACGAAGGAAAGCUUCGGCCGAUUUCAGAACAGGAUUCUGAUCCAAAGCUCCGGUGCACCUGCGAUGAUGAAGAAGAAGAAGAAUCGGACGAGGGGCUAAAGUAUCCAAAGCGGAGAGGACGAGAGGUCAGUAGUACGUCAUCACUGGGAAGGAAACUCCCUGAACCUGAGUCAUCUUAUCUUCAUUUAGAAAGAUCCGACUCUCAGAGACUUUCCUUUACUGAUCAGUUAAAGGGUUGGGGCGAAUCUACGCUUGCUGGCCAACCUUACGACAAACACUCAAAGAACGAUAAACCCUCUGCCGCUCCAGUCGAUACGGACUCGGAAAAUAGCGUAUCUCCAGCAAUCUCUUUGGUGUCACUGUCGGAAACUGAAAGUGACCGAGAUAUCGCCCAGAAGCUUAACGUAAGUCAACCGAAUGGUGUAGCCGACACCCGUCAAUCUGACGUAGUUGCACUUCCACGCGCAGUAACAAAAUUAACAUCAGUUGAUUCGGAGUCGUCUUCCGAUGAACAUGGGAAUUCAAGAAGUCGCGAUAGAUCAAAGAAACCUUCACCGCCGGUUUAUAAGAACAAGAAGCCACCCUCUGUUACAGACUUAAAUGUAAAUCCCAUUGAGCCUGCAGAUUCAAUGGACCAGCUUAAAUUAUGUGAUCCUUUCUUCCAGGAAAGACACAGAGUUUCUAGAUCUUCUUCAAACGCAUCAAGCGGGAUUUGCUCAGUGAUUGUAUCAUCAAGCGAAACAAACAGUAUUGAAUCACCCAGAGAUACUUCAAAACGAUCAUCCCACUCGAGCGACCGAACUUCCACCGACCGAGCCUCGAGCGGUUACGCGUCUUCUCGUGAUAGUUACGACAAUCCUGAUCGGAUAAGACUUGAGGAUUACUCAAAAGCGCACGCGCAAAGGCGUUUGAGAGGUAAGCGGGCUACUCCACAUGAGGACCCAUACGAGUUGGAUCCGUCAUCAAGUGAGAUGGAGGAUUUAGACAUAGAAGGUGCAUCAUAUAAUCCAAAAGUCUACGAAGAUCUUAUGAUGUUACAGCAAGAGAUGGGUGUUAACUUAGAAGGUAGCGAUUCCAGCAGAGAAAGCCUCAAAGAAAUGGAAAAACUCUCCAAUACGGAACUUCUGAAUUAUUCCCCUGAAGUGUCCCCAAAGAAAUACAAAGUCGAUCACUUAAGUGAUGCAGAGAAAGAUCAACGGUGUUCCAAGCUAAUGAAGGAGUAUAAGACCAACAAGAAACUGCAAGAUGUUAGGGCCAGCGGUAGUCAUGUUUAUCGAUCGUGGGAUCUGUAAUGAAACUGGUGGAUUUACAUUACGUAUGCCAGUUGAAGGUCUAUCUCGAGUUUGGAGGAACCCACCUAGAAUUGUUUUUACCACUACUCGAGCAAAAUCGUGGAAACCUUUACUUCCAGAUGCUCUCCCGGCGACCUUUGCAAUAACCAGAUCCGACCCCGGCGAUCUUUGCAAUAACCAGAUCCGAUCCCGGCGACCUUUGCAACAUUCAGAUCCAAUCCCGGCGACCUUUGCAAGAUACAGCGAAUGAUUGAGCAUAUUUUCAUUAAGUUCGCGUCAUACCACAGUUCUGUUUUGAAAAUUUCAAAAAGUUGAUGUUCGGGUUUAUUUCUAACUCCAAUUUCUAUUUACUGCGUAGUUUAAGCAGUUCUUAAUUGUCUGUUUUGAUUUUAACUUAUCAUGUUCGUCCGAUGUCAUUACUAUUAUCAGUUAGUUUAAUUUCAGAGCUGAGCAAAGAGUUUCCAACAAUCUGAUUGGUCUAGCGGUUCCUUAUAUGACGCUAUAUA